CUCACACCAAUUCUUCUUCGUUUUUGUAACCGUCAGCUGCUCAUCAUUCAGCAACUAUUUCAUUUCCACAAAUCGAGGAGAUGGACAACAUUGUAGAUUCUAUGGAGAAUGCAUAUCAAGAGUUUGUUAACGCAACCUCAAGCUUUCUUGAGGCUACUCACACUUCUGGUGGUGAAAAGAGUGAAGCCAGUGAUGCUGCUAUCCAAAACUUUAGCCAACGAUAUGAAUUGUUUAAAAUUGCAUGUGAUCAAGCUGAAGAAUUUGUGACUAACAUGAAGCAAAGCAUUACAAACAAAUGUGUUGUGGACGAGGCUACAUAUGAAAGAACAAAAGAAGAGUUUCUCGUAGAUGACGUCGAAUUUGAAAAAGAUGAUGUCGCACUCGAUUCUCCAAUCGAAUAUCCCACAACAAUGCCUAUGACUCCUGAAUUUUCUCCGGAUCAUGUUACAUAUGAGGAUAUUAAAGUCGAGGAGGACGAUGAAUUGGAUAAGAAAUAAAUCAUUAGCCUUGUAAAUUGUACUUAUUAUCAAAAAUUAAAUCAUUUUAGAAGAU